AUGGCGCUGGGUUUUAUCCCUUGCCUCCUGGAGAUGGCUGCUGUAUGCAGCGUCCAGCUCCGUUAUUCUGGCACUCAGUCUUUUGUUCUCGGCAAGUUGAGCCUGGUUUGCCUCCUCCAAGACCUUGUAGCUUCUGGUCAGUUUGACGGAUGUGGCUAUCCGGUCUUCGUCUGCCUUCUUCGAUUGCGCUAUGGCAGUGUCCCAGCCCGCUCUGGCGGCCACGAGAUCUACCUGGAGGUCCUGACAUCGACCGCUCUCCCGCCGCAGGGAAUCGUUCGUAUCGAACAGCUGAUUCUCGGCAUUCCGUAGCUGAUUUUCUAGUGAAUUGGAAUAGCUGCGGGAGGCUUCGAGCUCCGUCUGUAAGCGCCCUGAUUCGGAUGAUACAGCCUCAUUGCGCUUGGAAAGAGCCCUGCUCGAGUCCUGCUCUUUUUCCAGCUGGGCUUUCAAUGACACGAUUUCUUUUACGUGCUCGUGCUCCAGAAUGAGGCAUUGACAGAUUUCAGCUUUUGCCUCUUUAUUUUGCUGGGAUUUGCUCAACUCAUCUUGCUGGGAGUCGCUCCCCCCUCCUUCAAGGGCAUCGUUCAACUCAGUGAUGAAAUCGCCCAUUUCUCGGCGACAUGCUUGUAUUUGCUGGUAU